UUUUCAAUACCCAGUGUUUGUGCCGCAUGGAAAUGCGAUGAAUCAUCAUUACUUUUAGCUCUGCGUAGAACUGACAAUUACUAUCUUCCUUAUCGCGGAAAUAUCUCCCUCAAUAUGGUUUAUGCUUCUUGCUUUCAUUCCAAUACUUCUAUUCAUGUUGGUAGCGGCCUAAAGGAGAGUCAUACUGUCGUAUCUCUGUUAAAUUCGAUCCUAUUCUAUUUCGAUCAUAUGGCUUGAAAAUUUCGAUUAGUAGAAGAGUCAGUAUCGCAGCUAUCGCAAAUAUGCAGCCGCAAGCAACCCGAUCGAGUUCUCAGUAUGCGGGGUUGGCGUGUCGUAUGAUCGCUCAGAUGACAACUACCGGACUAGGCAUCGGAUUGCACCGAUUUGCGCGCGACUGCAGGCAUAAGGCCGAUAGUAACUUCUCGGCAUGAUGAUGAUUUUCACAAGCUUAGGUAGUACAACUGUGAGUGUUUCAGAGCGGCCAGAGCCUGAGGGCGAUACUCUAAAAGAGAAAGUCUGUUUCAUCAACCAGUGUGACUCUCUAUAUAUAAUUGUGGAUGGCGACAAGGCAUAUGCAAAUGUAUAUUGUAAUUUUCAAAUCCAAAGGUCAUUUAAUGACUGGAAGUAGCCAUGUCACAUUGUUCACACAUUAUUCCAGUGAAGCCCAACUUGUACACUGGGUUAUAGCUGUUUGAAGCCAAAGUGCCCAUCAAUUUUUUCGGUACAGGUGGAUUGAUCGACUCGAUGUUACAUAGGUAUUUGUUGAAUCAAAAAAAAAGUGUUCACAUGCACCACUGGAGGCCUUAAUAUGGGCCAGGCCUUGCUUAUCUAAUAAUCAAUUGAUGGGCCUUACUAGGCAACAAUAUUUGAAAGAACACUUCAUAAACGUGAAGUAUCAAACAUAUAUUGUCGCGACAUCGAAAGUUCUUCCUCCAAACCAACCAUGCGCAUCGAUGUCCUAUCCUUGUACAUCUCUCUCGUUGGUUGCUCCCACGGGAGCACACUAAGCACACUACUCUAUCUGCAACAUCGCCUCUUAUAUCUGCUGCCACAUCAGCUCUCCGUACACAUGACGUCACUGGUUGAAACGCGACUUCCAGUUUUUGUGCAUGACCUUCGCCAUUCUUGGAUAGAAGAUAAAGCAAACCUCGCUUGGCUUGAGCAGCGACCGGACCCGCUACACGAUCUUUGCGAUCCCUCGGGCGAGAUAGAGGGACAGCCACCCAGUCGGGUCAUCCCCCGUGAUCUCUUUGAUCGUCUGGAUAUCGAUAAUAACCGCUAUCAGCUCCCACGUGGAGAGUCAGUAGACCGCCAUGCAUGGAUCAACCUGCAAAACCGACUUGAGGAGAUGAAGAAAUGUCCAGCUGCACUUCAACAAGUCACUUAUCUCAACCUGGAAAUCUUUCUCAGCGCCUUUGACGAAGUAGACCCAAACGAAAACACAAUCGAGCUACUAGCAGACGUUCUGCUGUCAAUGCCGAACCUAGCAAUGUUACGCUGGAACAUUCCAACUGCUUUUAAUCCGCGUUUUGAGAAGACCUUCGCUCGCAGGGGAGUCAAGCUUAUGGGUGUCACGCAUCUCACCGUUGGAAGCAAGGGGCAUUUUAUUAUAUCUGUAUGCCCGAAUAUUGAGGAUUUGAAGAAUGAAAUUCCUGUUCACUACUGUAGCUGGAAACCCCGGCUUCGAUGGGAGGAAUCAAUAGAUGUUCUUUUACAAGUAUUUUCAGGCGCGAAGAAAUUAAGAAAUCUUUCCAUAGGGUGUAUGGACACCUGGUCACCUGAGUUUGCGCGAGAGAUCGUUGUUGCUGUUCCGAAUCUGGUCCAACUCACCAUGAUGGGGCAACUCAUUAAUACCUGGAGUGAAUCCGGUAUGGAGGCAACCGCCCUCGUUCAUUCAGUUUUAUAUGCCCUGAGGGAAGCUCAUAAUCUCACAACUCUUCACUUGCCUGAAUCAUACGACCUGGGUCUAGGAUUCGAUGGCGGUCCCUUCUGUGGUAACGCCUACAUGGGACCAUCAGGGUACUUGACCUCUCGUCAAACAAUGCGAGGACACAUCACGGCGGUAGACCAGGGUAUUUUACUGGCAUGGACAGCAUUACCUCACCUUAAGAAUAUCACCAUCGCUGGCACCCCACCUGUGAGCGUUCAACGGGAUGAAAAAGGGCAGGUUAUGAAGGUCACCCACGAGUGGACUGGUCGAGUGGAACAAUAUCUGGAGGAGGAAUACCCAGCACCCAAGAAAGGUGAUAUUGUAGACGGAGAGCUUGUAACAUGAUCAACACAACGGUGUUACAAAAAUAGUAGAAGGGCAGUUCCAGGCCACGAACGCCGAUGUUUGCAUUCAAACUGCACCCAGCGCAGAGCAUAUCUGGCACCCGUCUUCAACUGCGUCUUGUCAACCAAUAAUUGAUCCGUUGGAAGCGUAAUUCUAAUUAGCAGAAAUAUUAUUAGAUGCGUUCUCGUGAGCUUCCUUCGAAUCAUGGCCCUCCCAACGCU